GAAAUGGCUUGAACCACUUGUUGACUGGAAACGAUUUGGGUUAUGUUUAGUUGAAAUGAAAGAGCAUGACAUUUUAAAAAUUGAACAAGAAAGCGUAAAAAUUGAAGACAGAAAGUUAUCUUUAUACUUGAAAUGGUUGUCAGUUAAUCCUAGAGCAACAUGGAGUGAUGUCAUUGAUGCACUGACUAGUAUAAAUCAGAAUAAACUAGCUCAAGAUAUUAAAGAUCACAUAUGCAGUGAUGCUCUCUCUACAGAUUCAUCAAUAACAUCAAAUUUUGAUGAUGUUGAAAUUAUAUUUUUCCCAAAAGAUGAUCAAAAAGUUCAAAGCUCUUUGGAUGAGUUACAAGUAAAAUUUUCUCACAUCAUGAGAGAAGUAAAAUCCAUUUUUCUUAAAAAAGUAAAUAAAAACUCCCUAUUAUCCGUUGAAAUAUGCAAUUGGUUUGAAAGUUAUAUUCAUUUGGAACCUGGUAUAUUCACAUCAAAUAACGAUUUAGUUCAUAUUUUCCAGAAGGUCUAUCAUUAUUAUGAUUUCAUUGACUGUAGUCUGAUAGUUGCUAUGUGUAAUGAAAUGAGUUUAUCAGUGAUGAAGAAGAUCUACUUGAUGAACUAAAGGUUUAUUCUUUAAAUGCUACUACAUUUCGCUCAUCAAGACCAAUCACUGAACUCAAACAAAAGCUACGUAAAGUGUAUGGACCUUAUAGAUGACAUUUGGAGAAUAUGCCAUUGAUCUGUAUUGAACUACAAAAUCCUUGGAAUGAAGUUAAGAUUAAUGGACUAUAUAUUCUCAUUGAAAGAUUACUACCAAAAGAACUCAGACAAUCAUUAAUGAAAUGCAUCACUAUUGAGCCAGGAUCUGUUGUCAUUAAGUUACAUAUUCUUGACAUUACAGCUGAUAGUUUAAUAGAACAUACUGGAGGAAAGUUACAGUUUAUGCGUCUCAUUGGUAUAUUUAGUU